GAUAUAAAUAACAUGAAUGUGUAUUCUUUUUUCUUACCUUUUAUUCGUGCCAAAAAGAAAGAAAAGGUUCAUACCAACAAAAAAAGUUGGUGAAAGUAUGUCGUUUUUAAGAGCAGAUAUGAAUAAGAAGAAAAACGAUGAAAAAGUGAAAGAAGCUCAAGAAUCAUAAUCCUCAAACGAUCCUCCAACAACAGAAAAAGAUAAUUCUGCGCUAGUUCCACGUGUUACCAGAUAAGAAACUGGUUUAGGUAAUUUUGUUUUCUUUGUAUUUGAUUCUGGCUUCAAUGCUGGAGCAUCGUCGUCCAAACGAUCGAAAUAUACAAAAUGGAGUGACGAAGAACGGUACAUUAUCGGAAAGUAUGCCUCCGUUAACAGUUAGACAAAAGAACCAUAACAGCCACAUUUGUUGUUGCUUUGUUUGGUGAAUUUCUCCCGAUGCAACUGAUUUAUGGAGGGAAAACGCAACAAUGCCUCCCACGGUACAAAUUCCCUGAAUGUUUUUUCGCUAAGCGUCAACGGAAAACAUUACUCCAACACACAGGAUUCAUUGAAGUUCCUCAACAAUAUAAUUAUUCCCUACAUCGAGUCCAAGCGCUUGUUCCAUGAUAUGGGAGCUGAUCAACGAGCUUUAGUUAUCAUAAAUGUGUGUACUGGUCAGAUGACGAGUGAUGUCCUGAAUCUGCUCAGUGGAAACAAUGUUCUCCUCACCAACGUCCCCUCAAACAUGACCAAAUAUUACCAGCCCUUAGACCUUACUGUGAAUGGAUUUGCCAAAUGGUACAUGUCCAAUAAGUUCAACGACUGGUACACAAAGAAACUAAGUGAAGAAUUGGAUAAAGGAGUUCCAAUUGACGAAAUCAGCAUUAAUUUUUGGUUGUCUCUGCUGAAGCUAUUACACGCCGAGUGGAUCACCAAUUUUUACAACCACAUGACUUCCAGCACAGUGAAAAAUGAUAUUGAAAGGUGAUGGUGGUCUGCGGGUGUAACAGAUGCCGUUUAGGUCUUAGUCAGCUUCCCUCAAUCGAUCCAUUUGACUUAGAGCCUAUGGUAGAAACGAAUCUUGUAGUUGCUGAUGAUUUCACUGCAAUCUGUAGCCUUACGCCUGAAACAAAAUCGGCUACUCUCGUGAAGAAGAUUCUGACGACAAUGACGAUUACUGGCAACCAGCAGACAAAGAAAAUUUUUAGUGUUUUGGACGAGUUAGACGAGGAAGAAAAGAGGAAGAACAAAUCCAAGAGUUAUUUGUUUUUAGUUGUUACAUACCAUUCCGAAAUUUCAUCAGCCUUUAAAUGAAAAUUAUUUUCUCGUUGACAAAAAUUACAAAAAUUAUAGUUCUGCUUCUUUAUCACUUUUGUUAUAAUUUCUAAGCCUUUUUCCAAUUUCUAUAAACUCAGCUAAUUAAAAAAAAUUAAGACAAAGAUACUUGUUCUUUGCUUUUACUGAGUAGUUAAAUACAAUUAAAUAAAAAGCCCUCACUGGGAAGUAAAUUUACAAGAUUACAGAAUUCGUGGGAAAAAACUUUCAUGGACAACACGUUUUAGAAUAAUUUGCA